UUAUUAUAAUCUAAGCUUAGAAAACUGAUCACUCAUCUGACAGACUUGACAAGGGCUCUCAGAGCAGGCAGGUUUUCAAGGGGAAAUGGCUGGUUUCCUCUCAGACCUGGUUCAAUACCGGAAGCUACUACUAAUGAUUUUGGUGCUAGGAAUUGGUGGAACCCACCUGUCUGGUUUUCAAAUGUCUGUGAUGAAUUAUGCUUCCCCGUACGUUCAGAAGUUUAUCAAUGAAACCUGGCUGGAGAGAUAUGGUUCUGUGCUGCAUCAGGAGUCACUCACAUUACUGUGGUCCUUCAUUGUGUCCAUGUACUGUGUAGGUGGAAUGAUAGGGUGUCUGUGUAGUGGGUACCUGACUGCAAAAUAUGGAAAGAAAAAAUGUCUGCUGUUCAAUGAUCUGGUCCUCAUAGUAGCAACACUGCACACUGGCUUCAGUAGGAGAGCCAAAUCUUUUGAGAUGAUCCUGAUUGGGCGCUUCCUCGAGGGCAUCUGUGCUGGAAUACAUAUGAAUGCCCAUGUGCAGUAUGCAGGAGAGAUCUCACCUAAGAAGCUGCGUGGAUUUGUAAACGUGACCUCCUCUGUGUUUCUUGCACUAGGAAAAACUGUAGCAAGAAUUCUUGGACUGCGAGAUCUUUUAGGAACUGAAGACUUGUGGAACGUGCUAUUGUCCUUCUCUGGGUUGGUGGCAUUGAUUCAGCUGCUCUUUUUACCAUUCUUUCCUGAGUCUCCUCCCUAUCUUCUGCUGCAAAAAGGAGAUAAGAACGGUUGCUUGGAAGCCAUGAAGCAACUGUGGGGAGAAGGGAAUUAUCACACAGAGUUUGAAGACAUGUUGAAGGAAAGAGCUGCAACAAAAGGCACCAAAAUCAUGAACGUCCUAGAGGUGCUGAAGGAACCAUCUGUGCGCAGGCAGCUGAGCAUCAUGCUCCUCCUUUUACUGAGUAUACAGCUUUGUGGCUUGAGUGCAAUCACCUUUUAUACCUCAGAAAUUUUCCGGACAGCCAACAUUCAGGAAAGCAUAAUCCCAUAUGUAUCUCUAGGAGUUGCAAUCUCCGAGCUCUUCUCUAUCAUCUUCUGUAGCUCCAUUAUAGAUCGUUUUGGACGGCGGAUUCUCCUUUGGGGUGGUUAUUUGCUGAUGGCACUGAUAUUGGUGUUGUUUGAAACAAGUCUUCAGCUGAGUGAUCAGUUCUCUUGGAUGCGUUACUGCAGUGUUAUUCUCAUCUUCUUAUUCAUCAUUGCCUAUGGAAUAGGACCAGCUGGAGCCUUCGCAUCUGUCAUGAAUGAAAUCUUCACCCUUUCAGCAAGGUCCUCUGCUUUUGUAAUUGGUGGGAUCGUCAUAUGGCUAGGACUCACUUUCACUGGAAUGAUUUUCCCCUUCGCUAUCAUGGCUCUUGGUCCUUUCUGCUUCCUCAUCUUUAUUGCUGUCCUGAUCAUUUCAUCGAUUCUCAUUUAUCAGUUCCUCCCAGAAACAAAAGGAAAGUCAAUCACAGAAAUCACAGAAGAAUUCAAAACACACCAGUUUAAGAAGAAACAUGUUCAGACAGUGGAGAAGACUACUACUGAGGAAAAUACAUUUUGCACCAAGCUCUGAUGGGCCACCACAGGCAACUUCCACUGACAAAAAGCUCUGCCUCAAGAUCAGACUGAAGGCUAAACCUUAACAAGGACUCUUGUCAAUAAAAUAGAAUUCAAAAAGUAA